GAGCUCAACUCUGCAUAAUUCUUCAUGAUGAUUAAAAGCUGUUUUGCCUAUCAACUGUGGGGCUUUUUAGUGAAGGAAUUAUUUUGUAAAAUUUCAAAUAUUUGCGUAUAAUUUAGACUAAAAUAUUUUUUCUUUACAAAGUAUUGUGGGCCAUGUCUAUAUGUUUUUUUAUUGAAAAGCUGUCAAACAAUAACCUUUUUGCACCGAUCUUUGUCUUGCAAGCUUUUUUAGUACUGUGUUUUUGUUUUUUCUAAAUGCUACGAAGGGGUCAAAGUCCUUUUAAAUAUGUUUAUGGAAUAUGGCAUCUAAAAGCCCACUCGUGCAUUGUGUGGUUGGUGUAGAAGACUGUUCAAUAUUUGCUCAAACUGGUUGUUCAACAAUAGACAAGUAGUUGGAUAUUCUGCUAUCUGCUUGUACAUUUAUAUCCUUUACAUUUUUGGUGUAUGUAUUGUGUGUUCCUUAUAGUUAACAUUAAUAUAUGUUCAUAUUUGUAAGCAUGGUUUAAAAAACCAUGCUUGUCAGCCAGUACUAGUAUGACAACUCUCUCUUUUUUUUUCUUCUCUCCUGUCACACUUUCUCUCUCCUAUUUUCUCUUUCUUUGUAUCUCUCAUGUGUUCCUCUGCCUAAUCUCUUCCUCGUGUUGGAAUGUUUGCCUCCUAAUUUUUCUCAACCAGUUCUUUGCCUCUCCCUCUGCCUCAUCCUCCAUCCUCCAUCCUCUUUUCUCUUCCUUUUUGGCCCAGAUGGUAUUGACCCAUACUGAGUUUCAUUACAUUGAUCCUUACCGAUACUUUCUGGUUCAGUCAUCAAUUGAGAUCGAAAUUGAACCGAGAUUUUAAACCUUGUUUGUGAGUAUGUAAAUAUGUAGAUGUUUGGGUCUGGGAAAUUAAAAUUUAUCCCAGACUCUUACAGAUAUACACCUACAAUGACAAUGAUGACAAAUGGUGACCGUCGCAGAUACACAUUUACAACUACGGCAAAUUUGUAGUGUUCCAGAAAACAUAAUAGAGUUGCACAGACAUGCAAACCCCCUUAGAUGUACAAAAAGAGUAAGCCAUCGUGUCCCAACUAUUCAUGGAGAUGGGACAUUAUGGACUAUUUUUUAGUUGUAUCUGUGAGGGUUCACACUUCUGUACAAUUCUCUUCUUUAUCUGCAAAAAGGUUUGAUGUUAUUUGCUAAAGCUUGAUAGUCAAUCUAAGAUUUCUUCAUUGUGCUUCUUAAUAGUCAACUAUGGUUUACACAAGGUGUUCCUACCUGCUAUGUCUAACCAUGAUGUUCAUGACUUAGUGUUUUCAAUAUAUAUCUAGAAGACCACUUUGUCAUCAUGUAUAUGGCUUCCAGUAGACAUCGUAAUUAUUCCCAAACUUGUAGUUUAGAGUUUGUAUUGACUUUAGCUCACUUGGCAUACAAAGAACAAUUUCCGCAAGUAUCAUGUGGCGUUUGUUUUUUUAGAAUGUAUUGCUAUUAGUUGUACCAUCUUGAUCUACUAAUAUUUAGCUUAAGAGGAUCACUUGGAUGUAUGAAAGAAUAUGUUGGCAGCAUUAACUUAAAUGUAAAAUGAGUGAACUUAAUGUUGGUCCGAAGUCAACAUUUGUGGAUUUUUGAGAAAGAUUAUGUUGGUGGCAUUAACAUGCAAAAGUGUGGACUCAAUGUUGGGGUCUAUAUUGUGUUUCGAGCUUGGGUCUAUAUAUACUAGUGGAACAUUCCCUUUCCCUGUGUCGGGAACUCUAGAAGUUAAAGAUGGUGCUCCAUUGUCCGAGAAACCUACUUUGUGGCUGCACUUUUGAAUAAAUGAAUUGGCUUAGGAGCAAGCUGAGCCAACUCAGAUGAAUGUGGUCCUCCAGUGUUUCUUUUAUCAUAUCACUUUUAAUGCUUUCUUCUGUUUAAACAGUUAGAUAUCUUCUUUUAGGAAGUAUAAAGUCGCCAAUCACCAUCAAAUUGGAGAAAACAAAGAUUAAACUGAAGUAAGAUCCAGUUGGCUUGUGCUGGUCAUGCUUUUACACAACAUGAGCCGACACUCCAUCAUGGCAUGAGUACUUUAAUAUAUUGAACAACAUACUUCAAUGGGUGCCUUUUUACUCGUCUUCUCUUCUUUGGCAUGGAAAAUCAUGAGAUUAACAUAACAAUUUAAGAGAGUGAAUCUGCAGAGAUAUGCACUUAGUGUUAAUGUUUUCUUAUUGUUUUAACUUAAUUACUCGAGGACUUUGGCAUCAAAUCUUGGAGUUUAAUAACUCCAAUUUCUCUAUGCUUAUAUUUUACUAGUGAUUAAAAGUUUCUUCAAUUGUUUUAGCUUCAUGGAUAUAGUUUUGUGUCUUGAAAAUUGAAUUAAUGCUUAAAUAAAAGAAAAUAUCAUCCAUUUUUGUGCAAUGAGGCAUAUCAUUCAGUUCCCUAGUUUUAGUUUUAACUUGGGAUAGUGGUAGCCAUAAAACUAGCAUGGAUGCAGUUCUAUAAAUGUUGACAAUAAAAUUCCUUUUGGUGUUUAAUUGCCGUUUUCAGCAAAUAUAAAAAAAAGGUGCAUUUUUGGUCAAUAUUACUCUAUGUGCAUUGUUGUUUUCUUGUUUUUGACCCUUAUACAGGCACUCCUUGAGUACGAGAAACAUAAGAUCCAAACUGGUGAAUUAAAAUUUUCCAUGGCAAAUCUUCCAGGAUCUAUGAGUGUUGAUAAUCAGGUAGGUGGAAAUCAAGGGUCAGGUUCUGGUAGAGCUAGGCGGGAUGCUGCAGCCCGAGCAAUGCAGGGAUGGCAUGCACAACGGCUACUUAACGGAGAGGUUGGGGAUCCAAUAAUUAAGGACAAGAACUCUCUUUCUUUCAUGAAGAGGGGCACAUUGAAGAAGAGAAAAGCUCCAACCCUAGAGGAUGCAGUAAAAGUUGCAAAAACAGACCCUGUUAAACGACAAGGGGAUGUAAUAAUUACUGAUGCUGGUGCCCCUGCGGACUGGGUGAAGAUAAAUGUUCUGAGGACUAAGGAGUUCUUUGAAGUCUAUGCCCUAGUCCCUGGGCUUUUGCGUGAAGAGGUGCAAGUUCAGUCGGAUCCUGCAGGACGUUUGAUUAUUUCUGGCGAUCCCGAGCAGCGAGAUAAUCCUUGGGGUGUCACCCCCUUUAAAAAGGUCAUAACCUUGCCUUCACGAAUCAAUCCACAUCAAACAUCUGCAGUAGUUUCCUUACACGGCCAGCUAUUUGUUCGUGCGCCAAUUGAUGAAUCAGAUGUAUGACACUAGAGAGUUGAGGGUCUCCCUUUUCCAAGUGCUGAAAUGUCUUAGACCUCACCAAGCAGUGCGAAUUUGAAUCCAUCACAUGCUACAGGUUUUGCCAUAGAAGCUUUAGGCUGAAGUGAGAAAAAGACUGAAUGAUAUGCUGACUUAUCGACUUGCAAAGACAACUUACUCUUUUACUCUAAGGUGGUAGUCGUAGUUACGUGCUAGUGUUCGUCUUACUCGUCAGUUGUUUGUCAUUACUCUUAUAGAUAACUGGACCUCGAAACAGUUUGUGUUGUUGCUCUUGUAGUGAAACCUGACGACGUUAAUCUUGACUUGUAAUAUCCUGAUUCAAGAAAACAAGGACUUUGAUGA